AUGAAGGUUGCCGUAGAGAAUAAAGAUACCAUGGAAAGAAACUGUGAGGCAUCCAUAAAGUGCUUCGAGAACGAGGGUUAUCCUUGCAAUCUGCGUUUUAAUGGCAACUCUGUUGAAGGCUUUCGAGGGCUCCAAGAGGGCAUCUAUGCUCCCCCAACAGUUACAAAAUCAGAUGGCUCAAUAAGCAGCAAGCCUCCUGAAUCUUCUGAAGAAUCCAAACAAAGAGCUGUCUGCCAUCAUGAAUUUGGCUCGUGGUCAGCCUUCUAUCCCGAUUCUAGUAAUGUGCUGAUGCACCAACCUAAUGCCUUUGAGGGACAGUUCUUCCCAUUUGCAAUAAAUUAUCGAUUUCAGUAUACCCCAUCAAACAUGUUUCCUCCAAAUUAUCCACAUGAUUACUGCUUCCAAGAUUUUCAAUAUUUUAUUGUUAUUGAUUUUGAGGCGACAUGUGACAAAGAAAAAAAUCCUCAUCCACAAGAGAUAAUUGAGUUCCCAUCGGUAAUAGUGAACAGUGUUACUGGACAGUUGGAAGCAUGUUUUCAAACAUAUGUGCGACCAACUUGCAACCAACUCCUAAGUGAUUUCUGCAAGGAUCUGACAGGCAUCCAACAAAUUCAGGUGGACAGGGGUGUUACUCUAAGUGAAGCUCUUCUUAGGCAUGAUAAAUGGCUUGAGAAGAAGGGGAUUAAGAACACGAACUUCGCUGUGGUUACGUGGUCCAAUUGGGAUUGUCGUGUAAUGCUAGAGUCAGAGUGCCGUUACAAAAAAAUUAGAAAGCCUCCUUAUUUUAAUCGAUGGAUCAACUUGAAGGUUCCUUUUUGUGAGGUUUUUGGUGGGGUGAGGUGCAAUCUCAAAGAGGCUGUCCAGAUGGCUGGUCUACCCUGGCAAGGUCGUGCGCACUGUGGUCUGGAUGAUGCCAAAAACACUGCCCGCUUACUUGCAUUGCUCAUGCACAAAGGCUUUAAGUUUUCAAUUACUAACUCUCUUACUUGCCAGUCUAUUGAUGAUUGCUAUACUAGGAAGCCAUCCCAGGAACAGCAGCCUUUUUCUGCAUCACCUCAACCUCAGAAAUUGAGGGAAUCGCAAGCUCCAGUGGUGCACAACCAUCCUUGUUGUUAUUGUGGGGUGAAAAGCAGCAAAGGGAUUGUUCGUAAACCCGGUCCUAAGCAAGGGUGCCUGUUCUUUGGAUGUGGAAACUGGACUGCUGCUAGAGGUGCUCGAUGCCAUUACUUUGAAUGGGCUUCUACCUGA